GUGGGACAGGGGUGGGAGUGCAAAGGUGGUCCACCUUCUGCCAAGCAAGACAGAGUUUAGUUCCAGGUGGAGUGGAAGCAGCUGUUUUCACGACUAUUUCCUCAUUUUCCAUUUGAAUUUGUGCAAGUAGGGGAGGCCAUCGGCUGCUUGUUUGCUGGAAAGAGAGAAAACUUGUCGGUGACCUGUCUAGUCACACAUACUUUGGAUGUUUGUUGUAAAAUACUGCAGUUAAUGAAAGCUGUCAAAAUGAGUAAGCAGCCCUUACAUGUCAUCUAGCGUGUCAAGAAGAAGAAGGAGGUGUGUCUGUUUUUCUUCAUUUUCCCUUAAUUCUAAUAUGGAAUGGUGAACAAGACCCAUCAUGAUGCCUGUCCUUUCAUCACAUUAAAAAAAGGUUGUGUAGGUGCAGAUAAAGAGCCGGAGAGAUGGAGUUGCCAAAUCAUGCCAAACAACUGCUGCUGCAGCUGAACCAGCAACGAGCCAAAGGUUACCUGUGCGACGUGAUCAUCGUGGUGGAGAACGCGCUGUUCCGGGCGCAUAAGAACAUCCUGGCGGCCAGCAGCAUCUACUUCAAGUCGCUCAUCCUCCACGACAACCUGAUCAACCUGGACACGGACAUGGUCAACCCGUCCGUCUUCCGGCAGGUGCUGGACUUCAUCUACACCGGCAAGCUGCUGUCGUCGACCGCCUCGGAGCAGGUGAGCGACCACAACUUCAGCGCCCUGCUGACGGCAGCCAGCUACCUGCAGCUGCACGACCUGGCCGCGCUGUGCCGCAAGAAGCUCAAGCGCGGCGGCCGGGCACUCCUCAGCAAGCCUGGGACGCCCACCAACGGACGCACUUCCGCCACCUCCGCCCACGCCUCCACCCGCAACCAAAGGCUGUCCUCCACGCCUGUCGCCCAGAUGCCAAUGGCGGGCGUGAGGGAGCGGGAUCGUGACGGCGGUGGCGGCAGCAGACCCAAGCGGCACCACCACCAUCACCACCAUCACGAGGAGCUCCUGAAGGACGAGCUGCUGUCCGAGGACGAGAUGUUCCUGGGCUCCACGGCCAACUCCCUCAGCCCUUCCACCAGUAAGAACGGCAGCAACGGCACCACCACUACCAGCAACAGUAACAACAAUAACCUCAACAUUGGAGUAGGUCUCCAGGAGCUGGGACUGGACCUGUCCAAGAAGAGCCCGUCAGGCAGCACGGCCACCGAAGAAGUCAGCCCCAGCAGCAUCCCUCAAGAAUCACCUCAAUCUGCCUCAGAAUCCACAGCCAACAGUGCCUCGUUUGAAGAGAACCCCACCAACCCCCAUAGCCUGGUUGGAGGUGGUGGAGAACCCAUGGACCUCGGAGAUGCCGGAGGAGGAGAGUGCGACGAAGCUCCACCGCCAGCAGCGCGCGACGCAGACCACCACCAACAACCCCACGUGAAGAACCCCUCGCGCCCCAACGUCCGCAGCCGCGCCUGGGCCAAAGGCGAAGCCAGCAAGGCGGAUGACUCUGAGCGUGCGGCCCUGCCCAACGGCGUGGCCAAGCGGCUCAACGUGGGCAGCAGCAAGGUCAACAACUCCUCGUCUGACGGCGCGUACAAGGAGGAAGAAGAGGGCCAGGAGAAUGGCCAAGACGGCCAGAGCGGCGAGGAGAGCGGCGCCAGCGAGGGCGAGGGGGGCGGCGGCGGCGGUGGACGUGGCAGCUCCAACUAUGUGUACCGACAGGAAGGCUUCGAGCCGGCGCUGGGCGACAACCUGUACGUGUGCAUCCCCUGCGGCAAGGGCUUCCCCAGCUCGGAGGAGCUCAACGCGCACGUGGAGACGCACACGGAGGAGGAGCUGUACAUCAAGGAGGAGGAGGACGAGGAGGGCGCCGGCUUCCCCAAGGAGGAGGAGGCCGAGGCCGAAGACCUGUCCUCCCAGGCCACGCUGGCCCAGGGCGGGGAGGCGGCGGCCGCCGGAGCCGCGGGGGGGCGGCGCUUCAGCUGCACGGUGUGCAGCCGCAGCUACAAGGACCCGGCCACGCUGCGGCAGCACGAGAAGACCCACUGGCUGACGCGGCCCUUCCCCUGCAACAUCUGCGGCAAGAUGUUCACGCAGCGCGGCACCAUGACGCGCCACAUGCGCAGCCACCUGGGCCUCAAGCCCUUCGCCUGCGAGGAGUGCGGCAUGCGCUUCACCCGCCAGUACCGGCUCACGGAGCACAUGCGCGUGCACUCGGGCGAAAAGCCAUACGAAUGUCAGCUGUGCGGCGGCAAGUUCACGCAGCAGCGCAACCUCAUCAGCCACCUCCGAAUGCACACCUCCCCCACAUAAAGCCAAAGACGAAACGCAACGCAACACAACACAAGACCAGGCCAGACAGACAGCCCAGUUCACCUCACCUCACCUCAGCUCUACUCGGCUCUACUCCACUCACCUCGGACCAGGAGACAGCUACUCGAGGUGGGGGUCUGCAUCUACAACAAUAAUAAGAAGAAGUGCAUCAUGUCAAAGAAGAAUGAGGAAGAGGUGUGCGCCCAAACGCAUGCAUACCUCGAAAGCAGGCAUCAAAAAUUAAGUCUUGGGUGGAGCGAGAGAAAGUGAGAAAAAAGAAAGAUUGGUGAGUUGUUGGUUUCUCCUGCCUUCCAAAAAAAUGGGAGAAGUGGUCAAAAAUACUAAGAAAAGUUCCAAACGUGGAAGGAAAGAAAAAAAAAACAACACAUCAUCCUCAGAAAAAAAAUCGCUAUGAUUUUUUUUUGUUUUUUUGUACAUCAUUUGACUGUUUUAUUUCAUGCUGUGAAUGUAAGGUUGGGGUACUUAUGCUGUUAUUUUGUGACUUCAUAGGACAACCAGACCACUACAAAAACCCAAAUGCAGUCUGGCAGUAUGGCUUUCUUCAUUUCUGUCUUGUGUGUCUCAUGUUCAGUUGGUCUGGGAGUCAAAGGCCGUAUCCCAAAACGUACACACUUCAUGGUUCCUGAUCAUGAAAUCCUGCUGUGGAUAGAGCAUUGGCUUAGGAUGGGAGAAUCCUAAAGUCAAUUUUUAAAAGUCCUUGAGACAAAAAUAAUUAUAUUGUGACCAUAAGAUUAUUAUAAGCAUAUAUUUUAAAUUCAGAGAUAGAUGAAAAAGAGAAGCCUUUCCCUUCAAAUGGCAAAUAAGUGUUUUUUUUUGUCAAGUGUCUCAAAGAAUAGUGUUUGUCAGACUCAACCAAAACUAGGAACUGUCUGAAUUCAUUUUCCUGUGGUGUUUUCACAAAAGCUUUGUGCAUCCAACCAAACAUUUCCGAUGAUUUCUUCUCUUUACCACGUUUCUAAAAAACACCUCUCAGUGUGGCUGGACCAGUUUCACAGAAGUGGGUUUCAAACCAGUUGUCCUCAAAGUUGAGUUGAGACAUGGCCAGCCAUUUGCCCUGGAGGGUGUUUUUCCUUCUUUUACAGAAAGAAAAACAUGUUCUUUUUCUGAACCAAAUACUUCACUUUUUGUUUUGUCUUGCUUUUCGAUCAGCCUUUCAAAUUGGUACGACUCAUACAGUCUUCUCUUGAUUUCUCACUUCACAACCCCCUAUGAAAAACAAGUGAGGGGAAAACGGCCUCCAUUUUGCAGUGAUGGUCAUCGUACGUUAGCAUACUUUAGCACUUUUGGUUUGAAACCCGUGUCGCCUGCAGGGCACCUCCCCGUUUGCCACGGGAGAGUAAUUAUAAACCCACACAGAAACACACACCCACCAAUCCACAGCUCGGUUACACCUGGAUUGGGUGGGUGGUGGUGUGUGCUUGCUUGGGGACGUGGUAUACAAGAAGUCAUUGGAACCUUUUUUAAGCUGUGUCGUUUACUCAUACAUCGUAUAUAGGGGUUUACUCUCAAAGAAAAAGCCAAACAAAAUGGUACUUGUUUUAGAUAACUUAUUGUUAUGCUUCUGUGAAUGUUUAAACUGGAAGUUCUUUUUUGAUAUUUCCUUUUUUGGGGAUCAGUAUCGGGGUUGGCUUUGGGUGAUGGGUCGGGCGGGGACUCUUUAGUGAAUGUCAAGCUUCAGUUUUCUGUUGGUACUGUUGUGUUUUUACAGAUGUUUUUUUCCCUCACUGAAAAAAAACCGGCAGGUCUUUUGAAUGGCUCUGUCACAUUGCUACCUCUUAAUUCUUCUUAAGAACAAUACAUUCAUUCAUGGAAAUAUGGGGAUUCCUGACAUAUAAAUGUAUAAAAAGUUUGCUGAGGCGUUUGAAAUAUUUGUAACCUGCCCAUCUCUCAACAAAAGGUUUUAAUGCUACAUUUACAAAGUUUUAAACCUAUUAUAAGUAGAAAAUAGCUUCUUGGACGCAUGUAUUUAAGGUAUUGUAAUUUUCUUGCCUAGCGCAAAAAUGAUAAAAAAUGUAAAGUUUAUGUAAGUGCAAAUCCAAAGAGAAGAUGUUGUAAUGGAGAAAUGGCUACAAAAACAAAACUUUCCUGUAGAAGUUCACAACCAAAGUGUUUCAAUAUCGGAAAAUCAACUCUGCAGCUGACGAAAUAACUUGUCUGUCCCAAGUAUAUAUAUCUAUAUAUUUUUUUCUCUCUCUAGUUCUUUACCAGAGUGCAACAUAAGUGGAUGAAUUAUGUUGGUCUUUGGCAUCGGACUACAAAAGAAAACCAAUGAUCAUUUGUGUUUAAACUUCUGCUCACGGGUGGGCCGGUGGUCGGUGGCUUUGCCUUCGAAGUUUACAGUACAGUAGUGUCUCUCAACAGUGUCUUUCAGUCUCCAUGUCCUUACUUUGUCUUCAGGAGGACUUUUGUUGAAGAACUUCUAAAGGACUAAUUUAUUUUAGUUCAGACCAAAAAUGAAAAAAAAGAAAACUAAAAAAAAAAGUUGAAACUGAGUAGGACAUUUGUUAGGUUUGUGUGUUACAUGUUGACCAUACAUUUUUGGAAGAUCAUUGAGGGAGGAAUGGAUGCACUGGAUUGUUUUUUUUUUCCUUGUCAUUUUUCUUUUAGUAUCAAUAGAACUUGUCUCAGGCUGAACUUCUACCCAGUUGGGUGGCAUUUUACCACAAGUAUCACUGUUGACCAAUGUUUUAUGAGAAUUGCAUGGUUUUCAAGACAUUUUGGAAUUACACAGGAGAUUCUUUUGUUGACAGUCCUCGGAGGUUACUGACUCUAGGGUGAAUGUUACGUACUCCAGAUUGUCGAAAACAACACUGGUGCAUGUAAACUCUUUUGAAAUUCCUCGAUGCCAUUUCUUUGCAAACAUUUUUUUUUUUUAGACAGCUCCACAGAAACUCUGAAAAGGCCAAUUCCAGUGUAUCGCAUUCCUUUGUGGAAGAUUUUAGCCUUCUCAAUGCAACUCCCGUCAGCAUUCCGUAUUUGGGUUGUUUUUUUGUGUUAUGGUUCUUUCUCUUAAAGUCCAAUGCGAGGGGGUUUUACUGUCAGUGACUCAUAGGAUGCAGCUAUAGUCAUUUUUAAUCUGAGCACUGUUUACAGGCAACUUUGUCCUGGGAUCACACCAUAACCCAUUCCUCUACCUCCAUUCCUCCAAUCCAGUUAUUGAGUGUUUUUUUCUUUUACCUCCUCUGUUCCACUACUGUGAUUUUAUUUUUUGGUCACUUUUUCCUGUUCGGGACCACGUUUUUUUCUUUUGUUACCAUUUGCAAAGGCAGGAAUGGGCCUCAAGUCAUGCUUAAUACCUGUUGUGGUUUCUGUUUCCCUUUCCUCUUUUUUUCUUUUCACUUUUCUUUUUUUAAAUGGAGGUGCUGGAACCUGGUAGAUCUCACGUGA